GAGCAUGCACCACCUGCACCUGCACCUGCCUUGAAUUAGAUAUUAGUCGUAGUUGCCUUCAACUUUCAGGUCGUUCUUUCCAGUUCACAUCUCGAUGGCACUUGCUUCAAAGUUCUUACUCCUCUUUCUUGCCUUUUCUGAAUGAGCAUUCUUUUCUUCACCCUCUCUCCUCCCCAGGCCGGGAUCUUUAAUUACAUUCAUCACGUCUCAUAUCUGAGCGCAUUUUAUCAUUCAACUGGAGAAAAACCCUUAGUUUCUUAUGUGUAAUUGGGCGUGUUUCAUACCAAAAGUUUCUCGGCUGCUCCCUUUCACCAACCCUCGAACGGACCAAGCAUUCCAUCAGCACAAUCCCUUACUUUAAUUCGACCUUUCCCGUUUACUAUUCUUUUUUUCUACUAAGAGAUCGUCCGAAUCAGUGGCGCCUCGAGUGUUCAUCAUGUCCACCGACAACAAGCUCCUUGGGAGCGUCGUUGCCUUCGAAGGCCAUGUAGACACGAUAUCAACACAGCUACGACUGCUUCCAACUUCACCAAAUAUUUUAAUACUUCCAAGCAUUCAAAAUUAUAUCUCCAAUAGGGACUUAAAAAACCGUUCAGACGUUCGAGUUUAUGUCAAGAAAAUCCACGAGGCCACAGUAGCUCGUUACGAAGCUGCUCAAGCUUUCCUUCAUGGUUCAACAGCAAGUGGUAGGCGACUCGUAUUUAUAAACGGCGGUACCCCGAGUGCCCGAACACUUUGCAUCAGAGCCAUUAUGGACUACGAAACAGAUGGAGACUACUGCCGUGCCGAGUCGUUAUUCAACCAGCUAGUUAAGGAUGGAGUGGUGGGCCUGGAUAAUCCAGUUAGAGACUGGAGAAGGCAGGACAUGUAUCAACCGAAGGAUAAAGGAGACCAAGAACAGGAGUUCGAAGAUCCCAUAACACGAGCUAUGCGAGCUGCCGACGCCUUGGACCGACAAACAGCAUCACUUCAACCCUCCAAUGAACUCGAUUUGACCCUUACGCCCCGUCCGCGAAGUAACAGCUUGCCGCUCUACGGCUAUGAGGACAACUUCGGGGAUGAUGCCCCAUUCUUUGUUUUUGGUGCCGCGAAUAAAGAUGAAGGUGGGAGUACAGCUGAUGAAGCUCCGGGCUGUUCUUACUCACCCCAAGCUUGCAGGUUUUCUGCGAGGCAUUAUGACCGGUCUGCAGGUCGCAUCUAUCACGAUAUUUCCAAUCUACAGUCCCCUUCACCAAGGGCUUCUUUCCUUGCAUCCCCCAGCUGUGUUGGCGAAGCCUACGGCUUGAUGGCUGCCCCUGUAUCCCCUGCCCUCGAAGGCUUGAGCCCAAGAUCCGAUGUUUUGAGCAUCCCGUCCACAGAUAAUGUCGUGCACGGGGAAGCUUCAUUAGUGGACAUGAGGUCUCCAGGCCGCAGCCCAACUCUGUCUCGAGUCAAAUCUCUGGACAGAAUCUACCCGGCCAGUCCCAGGUAUCGGGAUCUUUGUGUUUCUGCAGCCACUUCAGGACUUGCACGGCAACUAGAGAGUGAUCCAGGGCCAGAAUUAUUGAAAGCCCAUCGGCAUUCACAAACAAUAACCACAAACCCCAAGGAGCUCGUUUCCAACAGACGCAGCUACAUAGAGGGACCCCAAACUGUUAUUGUGAGAACCAAUCUCCCAAUCAUCAAAGUGGCUCCGGUCCCCUUGGAGAAGAAGCGGAAACCUGCACGGGCAUCGUACGUGGAUAGAGGUACUGAUGCCGAGCACAUUUCUGGACCAAAGGAAAGCUUCCAACCAGUACUGCCCUUCAUGGAAGACCUGGUGGUGCACUUCAGGGAGGAGGUCCCCGAACCUUUGCUCAAUUCUGUCACUCAUGGGCUUAGAAUGGGUCAAUUUCCCGCGGCUAUUUAUUCACCUACUUCCGAAACAGACGACGGCAAUGCUCUGGUUCCAGGAACACCUGAGUCCAACACUAUCACAGACGUAAGCUGCGCAGAAAGCCAAUGCGAGGAGUCAGCUGUCACCGACCAAUCCAUCCUUUCGGACGAAUAUGAUCCGUUCGCAUAUAAUCAGCCCGUCUGGCCCAACAAGAAGCCUAUCCCAAGUGUGCCCAAGCUUAAGGUUGCACGACCUCCAACACCAGUUCGGACUCCUCCACCCCUGGUUUCGGAUGUCGACAGCAAGUUUCACGACCUUCGAAUUAAUGGUCAAGAAACAGCCAUCACUGUACAGAACUCACUGCGUUCUGUCCUCCAGGAACACUUCCCCCCAGAAACUCAAGGCUACCGGCAGUUCCAGUUUUCCCUUUUGCCAGAGCUUGAAGGGUUGUGGAACCCAGUCUUUUGGGAGACUGGGAGUAACGAUAGCCGUGGAUCUUGCCAUAGAAUCGACCAGAUCCUAGCUAUUGGAGCCCAGAGAGGUGUGAAGAGGGACUAUACUUGCGCCAUCACAGGACAGCUUGAGAAGCUAGGAACAAAAUGCAACGGUAUGAGCCGAAGUGGCCGACUGGACUUCAGGUACCUUCUUGCCAAUGCCAUGCAGGCGUAUACGACCCAGCCUUUGGCCAGCCAGGCCAAAGACAACCCUUUUGCGAAUUCGUUCCUACUCGCGACCCUCAUUAUUCCGCACCUCGAAACGUAUCUUGCCCUUCACGCAGAGGUGAGGUAUCUUCUCCUUGAAUAUCCGCCUGAGCAUCUUGCGACGGUGUUGGCUCUUCAAAAGCUCGUUGGAGUAGAGUUGAUGAAGGUGGCUCAGAUCGUUGAUGCCAGCAGCAAGAGCAUUCCCUUCACUCAUCUACGUGGAAACUCCAUCACCAGCCCAGAACAAGGACCUGUUGGGCGCUUCGGGAAGACUUUCCCACAAAACUCGGGCUCUGGCUAUGACGUUACAGUUUCUAAAGCCAACUUCCUCAUCACGUCAACUGCAACUGAUGCAGAAAUCGCAACUUUUAUUGCGACCAUCUCGAGGAUCCUGUCCAAGACUUCUGAUUUCUAUGUCCCUCACGAGCCUCCCAAGAAGCCGUCCCCAAAGAAGUCUAAGCCGCCAUCUAUCACAGGAACCUUCUCCCCUUUCCCACGUGUGCCAUCGGCGACUCAUAGCCCACCCAUGUCCCCGGCACUUGGGGCGUCUUUGGGAGCGGCACUAUCAGGGUCAUCUGCGGUUCCGAGUCGAGCCCCUUCCAUUGCUGAAACAGUUAAGACAGUAAAGUCUUCCAGAAGCAAGCAAAGUCGAUCCUAUUCAAAGCGAAAGCCUUCCGCGAUUGAUGCUCGAUCGAUCUUAACUAUGUAUGUUGAUGACAGCGACUGGGAUCAAGAAGACCGACGGAUUAUGCCGCUCCUUGAGGAUAAGGCCGAGAGGCGAAAAGGCAACUCCCACAAGGCACUCAAGUUCCUCGGCCUGUCGUGAUCCCAAAAAGAACGAAUACACAUGGCCAUAUGAGAAAUAUGGCUGUAAUGAUGUUAUGAUCUCGCCCAAUGUGGCAUUUUCUUUUGUUGUUAUUUUUGGGGCGAGGAUUUACGAUGAUGGCCAGGAGACUGGAAAAAGAUAAAAGUCAUGAUGUUGUUGUGAAUAGAGAAAUGUUUGUCAACACUUUUAUUCCAUCUACGGUCUGGGAAUAGGACUUAAGCAGUUAUGGGAUGUAAUAAUAAUUGUAGAUUAUCUUUACGUAAAGUCGUCGGUAAUUGAAGGGUUUUUUACGAAAUAAUUAUACUUAGACACUGCUGUUGUCCUCAUUGCUCAGUCUGCCCUGUCCAAGACUACCAUCAACAUCUACGCCU